GGCUGAACAGGGAGCUGGGCCCGGAGCUCCAUCCCAGGACCCUGACACCAUGACCUGAGCCGAAGACAAAUGCUUGGCCGAUUGAGCCACCCAGGUGCCCCUGCCGUGUCAUCUUUCAAAACACCUCAUUUUCCUCUGCCCUUCGGGAGACUGUAACAUCCUGCAGGUGUAAGUCUGAGAUCUUUACUGAUUUCUCCUCCGGUUACAACAAGCAGUGAUUCUUGUAUUUCUGAUGAAGUCUCAGGAUCUAGACACCAGGAGAUUAUAACAUCCUGCUGUUCAGUCUCGGAGGGCUUUGCUGAGUGUUCUUCCUCCAUAAGCAGUGAUUCCAGCAUCUCUGACCUCAGGAUCCGGACUUGGUGGAGAACUUCAGCAAGGUUCAGCCACACCUGGAGAUGGAGGGUGAGUACAAGAAGAUUAUUCUGCUGAAAGGACUGGAGCCCAUCAAUGACUACCAGUUUAGCAUAGUCAAGUCCGUACUGGCCCGCGAUUUGGGACUGACCGCAAACAUGCAAAAAGAAUAUAACAAGGUCAAGAUUGCCGACCUGAUGGAAAAGAAGUUCCCAGGGGUUGCCUGUGUGAACAAGCUAAUAGACCUGUUCAAGGAAAUGCAAGAUUGUGAAGACAUUGUUAUAAAUCUUCGAAAUGGAAAGAGAAAAGUUAUGAGGCAAAGCAGAGGAAAAGAAACAAUACCUAUGAAGAAAAUAAAGCCGGGUGCAUCCAGCACUGAGGAAUCCACAUCUACCGCAGACGGGGCUUCGGGAUCAGUCCAUGAUACACCUGAGUCCAAGAAACAGAAAAGCAAAACCACACCAAAAGGUGGAAAGAAGAAGGUGCAGCCAACCCAGCAACAGAGUCAGCUUCCAGAACCUUCUGCAACAAGUACCCAGUCAUCUGGGAGCUCCCUUCAGGGUCCUCAGCAGCCUCCAGCAACCCCAUGCAGCAGUGGCUCCACCAAGAAGAAUCCUGCUGGUGCCCUGAAACCUCCUUGGAGCACAACCACCCCAGGGAGGCUCAUCUGCUCCCUCAGCCACUCACUUCUCCUCUGGGGUCCGUCCACCUGCAUGGGGAGCCUACAAAAGAACGGCAGAGGCGCCGAUGAGCUGAAGGACACUUUCAAGAGGAUGAGCAUAUCCUUGGAGCCCACGCAGCCGCCCAGGCCGCCCCGGAGCAGCGGGCUCGCAGCCCAGCCCUGCGUCCCCAGCUCACACCUGCCCGCGGCAGCUCCCGCCAGCCUCGCCUCGGUCAAGAAACCAAGAUUGAAGGCUAUACCUAGAGAAGCUGCCAGAGAGGAGGGUGUCCAGAAGGGUCCCAAGAAAGUGAUGGUGCUGAAAGCAACAGAGCCAUUUGUAUAUGAUACCAUGGAGCCGGGGAAAAAGAUGUUCCAUGCCACUGUAGCUACUGAGAGCCAAUUCUUCCAAGUGAAGGUUUUCCAGGUCAACCUGAAGGAAAAGUUCGUCUCAAAGAACAUCAUCACCAUAUCAGAUUAUGUUGGUCGCAAUGGGUUUCUGGAGGUGUACGAUGCCUCUUCUGUGUCUGAAGUCAGCGCUGACCAAAAGAUGGAGGUCUCAAGCGGACUGAUCCAAAAGGCAAAUGCAACUCCAAAAAUCCGUGAUCUUUACUUGCAAAAGCCAGGAACGUUUGUGAAUGGGAUAUAUGAGGUGCACAAGAAAAACGUGUUAAAUGAACAGAUCAUUUCGUAUGAGAUACAAGACAAUACAGGGAAGAUGGAGGUCUGGGUGUAUGGACGCCUGACCGAAGUCGACUGUGAGGAAGGCGAUAAACUCAGACUUACCUGCUUUGAACUAAGUGACAAUGUGAAGAAGCUGAGAUCUGUAAUUCACAGUUUCAUGAAGGUCAUCAAGUCCAGGAAGAACAAGAAACAACCACUCGAUCCUGAUUCACAUAUGGAAACCUCACCAUGAUGUCCUUCUAAGAACAUCAACAAUGGAUGGCAUCAACAAUGAUCUCUAUGGAGAUAAAAUCUAAGUUCAGAGGGAAAAAAAAAUAUAUAUAUAUACAUGAGAGAAAUUCAGCGAUAGAUAUACCAUCUAUCAAUUCUAAGGAAUAGAGUGGUCAUGGGUAGUUUUUAUUUUCUUUUUUAUACUUUGCUGUGCCAUCCUAAUACCAUAUUUUGCAUGUAUCGUUUUCAUAAUUUGGAAAAAAAUAAUAAACAUUUUUUCCUAAAAGAGUGCUAUAA